AGUGCACGUAUACGAUAUAGGCUACAACGUACCUUUCAUCCGCGGUGUUAUUGAUAUCAACAAAUCCUCGUAUAGUAGUAGCAGCCAUUUUUGUAUUAAAGUAUUUAUGAUCUGUGAAUUAUAAUUCAAUCAUAUUCCAUCUGCAUCGAACUGAAUAUCAAUAUUGGAUCUUUGUGUUGACUAGAAUCCCAAAGGGGUCUGAUUCCAGGCGAGGUCGUUAUUGUUUAGGGGUCCAUCGUCCCCAAUCAUCUGAACUUCGGUGAAUAUAUGCAGAUAUUCAAGGUACCAUUAGGAAUGGGCAGCUGGUCGAAAGUUACCUUACAAGCUGUGAUCGUCAUUUCGUUUAUCUUAACCGUCAUCGAUUUGGUGCUCGCUCAACAUGAAGGUGACCUGCAUCUCAUGCAUGGAACCUCUUCACGGAACGGUAGACUGGAAGUUUACCUGAACGAUGAAUGGGUGACGAUCUUCGACGGUGGUGGAUUCAGCUUACCAGAAGCGGUGGUGGCGUGCAGACAGAUGGGUUUUAGUUCUGGAUCGGUUGCAGUCUACCACAAUGGGAUGUUUGGGAGUGGUACAUCAAGUGCGAGACUCAAGGAGAUACAUUGUGAAGGAAGAGAGAUGAGCCUCGUGGAAUGCUCCUACAGUACGUGUAGUGGAAUGGACUGCAACGGUGAUGAUGAUAUUGGCAUAUCGUGCGGUAACAGUGAAGAUGAAAGGUAUUUUCGCACAACUGGAUUCAGAAGAUGGAGUGGUUUUGUCGUCUUACUGAUUGCCAUACCAUUCUGCGGGCAUGCUUAUAAACGCCGUGGUGCUUAUGGUAAUCAGAGUCGUUCCAUCAUCCCUUUACCGCGUUACCACCAUGGACGAGUGCCUCUGACGAGUCGUUUGGAAGAUACUACCAUGACAUCAUCACCGGGGAGUCCUCCACAGUCCUUCCCAAACUCUCCAGAUGGUCUGCCGGCAGCCGAACCGAUGGCAAGAGUUUAUCCCCAUGGAUACGUGUCUUACCCUCACCCCACCACUGUACCGCCUUUAAGACCUACGGCAGCUAUUUACACUACAUCAUCUCUGGACACACCCAAUGGCUUACCACGCCCAUCUCAUUUUAUCACCAGUCAGACCACACCCGAUCCUUCAUCGUACUCAGUACCACCACCAGACUAUUCCGAGGUGGAAACAGGAAUGGAAUCUUCACCAAGUGUCCCAAAUGAGUCCGUUCUUAUUUUAGACCCACCUCCUAAAUAUGAAGACAUCGUAAAAUCAUGAAUUUAAUCGCCUCAAUAAUGUGUUUUUAAAGUCAAUUAUUAAUUCCUGCAUUGAGAUAUUACUUUGAGGUACAAUAUUUAAACCAUUAAUUUUCUUGUACCCGACUUCACUCUAACAGUCGAAGUGGGGAAAAACAAAAAAAGGCGGAAAAGCAAAUAAUUAAGUAGACCAAAUUCACCCUCCAACAGAUAAACUACUGUAGUUCAAUUAGAUGAAAGCAUGGGUGCGGACGGUGCAAGUAUCAUGUUAGUCAUAUUAAUAUAUAUACGCAUACAUAUAUAUAUAUAUAUAUAUAUAUAUAUAUAUAUAUAUAUAUAUAUUCUAUUUUAACGACUAGAACACAGGCCUACAAAGUAAAAUAUAACUAUUCUCAUUGCAACGUAAUUUGUCAUUUUAUCAUUUAUAUAGUGCACUGAGUAUAUUGCAAUCUGAAGCACAUAUAUCAAUCAAAUUAAAUUUGAUUCGAAAUCAACCAGGUACUAGACUGCUAAUCAAGUCAAAAUAUUCCAAUAAUUUUAAUAGAUUCUAUUCACUAUAAGUAACGGAACGGAACAAAGGUAGUGCCAAUGUAUUUUUAUUGGGGCGAGCUAUUUCUCAUUUGAAGUACAGGGGUAAUAAAGUUACACUAAUAACUCUUUUUAUGCUUUACCCUUUUUUCGCUCUAAUAUCCCUUUUUUCAUUCCUUUUUCUUCUUUUCUCCUUCAUUAUUUUAACAUCAUAGCAACUUCUGUGGUCGUCCCUGUUCCCUGUAGUGCCGCCAUGGAACAUAAUUCUAAAUAAGACUAGAAUAGAGAGUACAAUCCAGUUAGAUCCUAAUUUUAAAAUUAAGUGUAGUUCAUUUUAAGAAUGUGCAUAUUUAUAGACGAAAAUGAAACUCAUUCGAUGGUAUUUUGGAGUGGUUUUCAAUUAAUGAAAUAAUGCGGAGAAAGGAUCCUGAUAAAUGUUAUUAUUCAUUUUUAUGUUAGUGUCUUGAUAUCAUAUUGUAUCCUUCUGGUUAAAAAAAGUCGAAUUGACUAAAAUAAUCAGUAUAGUCAGCUGGUACAACUGAUGUCUAGUCAUAUUUCCUUUUGAAUUCUAAUCAGAAAUUACUUUUUAGCAAAAUAUGACUAAAUAUUAAAAUUUAUUGUAUCCAGUUGACCCUUUGAUCUGGUCAUUUUUAAUUGAUUUGUUGCAAGCGGAUGAUGAUAUCCAAUAUUGUAUUUUGUUAAAAGUUGAAAGAAAUGAGUUAGAAACCAAAUUCGUUGAUAAAAGAAAUUUGUUUACCGAUCCGAAAAGAUGGACCUUGUUAAACGCCAACACCAAUAAAGAAAAUAUUGUAUAAAUAUAAUCAUGGUGAAGUGAACUUUUUGAAUUAAAAAAAAAGAAGUUUUUUAUUGGGUUUUCAUAAUUUUGUAUAACAAAUCAGUAUAUAAUUAAUACAAGUAAUUU